AUGAGGCUCGCCCAUAUCAUUCAUCUGGCUCUAGCCAGUCUGGCAAGCAUUGCGUUGGCUCAAGAUGUCUUGUUCCCGUAUAUGCAUGGCCUGAAAUACUCGGAGUACAAUGAGACCGUCAAGCUGGGACUAUCAGCCCACGUCUGCAAAGAUGAAGCAGAAUGGUACAACAUGACCACGGAAGAUUUUGCAAAGUACAAAGCCAUCAUUGUCCCCGACUGCCUCUGCAACACCAGUCUCAACACCAUCAAGUUCCUAGAUGACACAAAAAAGGAAUGGUCUCCGGCCGUGACGGGAAACAUGAUCCUUAUCGGCACCGACCCGUCCUUUCACGCCAAAUGGUUCGGACUUCCCGGUGCAUACGCCAUGAUGAAGGACGCCAUUAGCCACGUCACCCUCGGCAACAGGAAUGGCACAGGCAUGUACUUCUCGCUCUCGUGCUAUUAUCAGAGUAACUCCAGCCAGAUGACUGUCCAGUCUCUGUCCGAGAUUGGAAAUUUUCAGGUCCGGGGCAACCUCAGUCACCCGUGUCUGAACGACGCCCAUCUUGUGGCCACGUCCGACGUCAUGAACUCGCUGAACGACGGCAUAGCAAGCGACUGGAACUGCAGUGUCCAUGAGGUGUUCUCGGACUAUCCUCGGGACGGGUCCGGUGGUUUCAACGCGCUGGCUGUGGCCGUGAACGCUUCUGGUCCGGGGCAGCAGGAGUUUGCUGACGGUACCGUGGGCAUUCCGUACAUAAUUGCGCGUGGAGCAACUCCCGUUGGGUGCGGAAACAAUGUCACGGACACCAAGUUCCACGAGCAAUGCGACGAGGGCAAAGCAAACGGGACUCCAGAGAGUCUUUGCUCGGCAUCGUGCAAGUGCAUCUAUGGCAUGAUCAGCCCCGGAGUAUGUCGUCCCAAAGACAACAACACUGCGUCGACGACUACCAGCCACGCACCAAGUUCGACAAUCUCGUCAAACUCGAGCAGUACAAUUAUUUUGAGCACAUCACUGCCUGCAAACUCAACCUUCUCUCGGCCCGUUGUCACAGUCACGGCAUCGCUCCCUUCGAGCAGCGUGACGGCAAAUCUUACCUUUAUCGAUACCUCGACCAUUCCUAGUCCCACCGGGCCGGAAAUAGAUCCCAUCACGGUGACUGUGUUUCCCUCCAGUCCCAGCUCACCAUCGAGUGUUCAACCAACAGUUACCGUGACUCCUUUGCCUGCGCCCUCCUCAGUUACUUCUCCUAGCAACAGCUCCGGUGUGUCUUACGGCAAUGGUACCUCGCCGCUUGAACCUCCCCGUCCUCCUCCAACGGUGACUGUAUUUCCGUCAGAAGAUCCAUCAGAAUCACCACCCGGAACCGUCACCGUCGAGCCAUCAUCUCCGUCCAACUCUGGUGGCUCACCAUCACCAUCGCCAUCGCCAUCAGGUUCAGGUCCAGUCACCGUCACAGUUCUUCCGCCCGCUCAGUCCGCUAACGGGACUUCACCACAAAGUUUGGGUUCGUCGUCAUCACAGCCCGUAUCAGGACCCGUCACCGUCACAGCUUUCCCUCCAUCUCUCAGCGGCUCUCCCCCUCCGUCUUCGAUACCCUCGCAGGCAGGCAUUUCUUCUUCGGCCCCGUUGUCUCAGUCAAGUGGCGAUUCGGCGCUCAGCGGGUCAAGUGGGCCCGUCACCGUCACUGCUUCCGGCUCUGGUCGACCCAAUAAUAGUGAUGCGCCCUCCUCACCGGAGACAGCUACGGCUGAUCUUGGUACGGGAUCCGCGAGCAGUUCUCCUGUGGGAUCAGCAUCUGGAUCUGGCACUACCUCUAGGGGGCUUCCAAGCUCUCCUUCCUCUUCUGGUCCACAGUCGGGAGCACCGCCGGUCACGGUGACGGCGCAGCCGCCCGAUCAGCCGAUUGUGUCUUCCCAGUCACCAGGAGGAGGUUCGUUGUCGGACAUCCCAAGCUCUUCGGGGUCUGCGUCGUCGUCGGAUUCGCCUGGCGUGUCUAGUAGUCAACUCAGCGCCUCUCGAGGACAGGUGACGGUGACAGCUCAACCCUCGGCUCAAAGUAGUGUGCAGCCAUCGUCCGGUGUUAGUGGUGGUGCUGGUGGUGGUAACGGUGGCGGUAAUCCGGGAUCAUCGUCUUCUCAACUCGACGGAUCAUCUCCAUCCAGUAUAGGUUCGGGCCCGAAUACGGCUCCUCAAUCGACAGUAACAGUUAUUCCCAGCGCCAGUGGAGAGCCUGAUACAGAGGGACCUGACACGAGUGGUAAUCCGGGAGCAGUGCCGCCGUCCAGUAGCAAAGUUACUGCGACAAACUCUGGACAAUAUUUGUCCAGCACCAGCGCGGAUACUCAAACAGCCUCGGGAGACCCAUUCUCCGCAAGCCCAUCAUCUGGAGCUGGAGCCGGUGCCGGAGUAGAAGCAGGAUCUGGGUCAGCAUCCCAAUUUUCGUCUUCUCGCCCGCCGUUCAGUAACCAAACCGCCACCUUCACCUACUCGGGAAUAACUGUAUCGCCCUUGCCCGGUAGUCAGACAACAGAAAAUUCUGGCUCAUCCUCAGGGGCAGGUUCACUGAGCACUGCCACUGCUACGCCGGCCCCUGGUUCAGGAUCGGGUACUGCGACUAUGGCCGCAAGCAGCAUCUCAGCUGGCGGUGGAGGUAGCAACGGCAAUGGUAGCGGAAGUGGUAAUUCUGGUUCAGCAACUGGGUCUGCACAAGCUCCCGGGGCGACAGGCACGGGCAAUCCUUCAAAUGGCGGUUCAGGAGCGGGUGGCUCGCUCACGUUGAGUCCCUCAGGGCCCAUUAGUAGUGAACAGCCUGUCAGUAAUGCUGCGUCUGGUGCACCCUCGAUGAGUCUGUCAUCGUUGAGCUCGGGGUCAUCCGUAUCUGGAUCAGUAUCUUCUGGGGAUUCAUUGACAGCUACAUCUGUAUCUGGUUCUGCAUCAGCUACUACUCUGCCCGGCCUUCCCUCUGGGUGGACUUUGACACGAGAGUCCGCCAACACUCACCCAGGUUCUGCUGUGUCCACAGGCCAAGCUGGGAGCGGAACAGGGAGUGGUAGUAGUUCUGUAUCCGGGGCAACACCAGGAGUCUCUCCGUCUUCUGCUGCAGUGAACGGAACGGACACAAGAGGUAGUCCUUCAUCCGUGUCGACUGGUGCUGGAUCGGGUGGUAUUGGGACCGGCUCCACGAUAUCCUCAGGAUCUGAUGUUACUAGUCCGUCCCCGACCGCAACUCCGGUAGGUUGUGAUAGGUGGAUUGGUGUCGAGAUCAUAUACCUGAUUGAGGAGAUCGAGGUCUGUCCUGAGGGGGCAACGGUCACAACAACAAUCACUUCAACAACUGCCACCAUGUCCCGGUCCAUCUGCCAGACUUCAGCAACAAACUUCCCAUGCUACCCUUGCAUCAUGGGAACACCUGCCUCGUCUGGUCAUUCCUUCACCGUCACUAGGACGUCGUGCACAACGGCAACUGAGCCUACCGUAACCGUCACGUUCCAGCCAUGCAGCAUCUGUACGACAUCAAUUUACACUGGAACAGUUCCCGGUCACACGCCGGGAGGCCCUUGCCAUGCAUGCAGUUCCUACGGCGAACCAGACGCCACCUCAACGGUAACAGUGAUGGACCCGGGUGUUGGCCGUCCUUCUUCCGAGGUCUGGUUAUCGGCGCUGAACCCAACAACCAUUGCGACUCGACCAGCAGGACCGGCAGCAAGUGCUGGUAGCGAGUCGGAAUGUACGACGUCAACUCUUGUUGGAGUAGGGGGCGGGUACCCAGGGCCGGCGGUAUCGGUAUCGGAAACACCACCGGCUAUUGUCCCGAUUCAUACCGAUCCUCCCACACCCGGUAACGGUGGCAAUGAACACGCCCCAGCGGGAUAUACUUACGGUCCUCACCCUCCUCUUGACGAUCCUACUGCUUCUGGCUCUCCACCGGGAGUGCCAGGAGCGCCGGGGUCAGGAGAGGGAGGAGUGUUAACUGGUGGUGACUCACAUAGGCCCGCCAUGACUCCCACAACACCGGCGUCGACACCGGACCCCGAUCCGGUGGUAGUAACUGAUACAGCUGUCCCGUUUCGCCCGACAACGGCGGCCGGAGCAGGCCAUGGUCCUGUUUUAGCUGGUGCUCCUGGCUUGAUCAUGAAGGCCAGGCAUGCUACUGCUGGGGUGGUCCUUGGACUAUUUGGAUACAUCGUAAUGGUUCUGCUCAGUUGA